AUGGAGAGUUUGUUAUCUCUACUCUGUUGUCAUUAUUCUUUGCUGAUUUUAUUUCAGCAAAAAUAUCAGGUGUAUGGAAACUAUUCCCAGCUCCCCAAACACCCAGGGUUCAAAGUUCUUGCAUCAGCUUCCCAUUACUGGCCCCUGGAAGAUGUGGAUGGAAUCCAUGAGUUUCCUGAUACAAAUGGAGACAUUGUAGAAGGAAUGGUGAACAAAGGAAUUUAUGUCACUGAAAAGAAAGGAGUCUCCUUUCUUUUCUUUGGGAGCUAUCAGAAUUCUUGCAUUAGUAAUCCAGAAGUUUGUGGACCUGAAGGAGUAACAUUUUCCUUCUUCUGGAAGACUCAAGAUCAGCAGGCAAAGUUUCUCCCUGCCUCUGGUGGACAAGUAAUAUCCAGUGGUUUCAAAAUCUGUUCAAAUGAAGGUGAAGGCUCAGUGGAAUUUUACACCCGUGGGAAUGAAAGGAUGAAGUGGAAAGCAAGCUUUAGUCCACCAGGUCCUUACUGGACUCAUAUUCUCUUUACUUGGAAGUCAAGAGAAGGACUGAAAGUCUACGUCAACGGAACUCUAAACACGACUGAUCCAGAUGGGAAAGUUUUCUAUGACUAUGGAGACCCCAGUGCAAAUCUUCUGACUGGGACAGAGGGGGAUCAGACCAAACGUUAUGUGAAUGGAGCAUUUGAUGAGUUCAUCAUAUGGGAAAGGGCUCUCACCCCCCAUGAAAUUGAGCAGUACUUCACAGCUGCUAUUGGUGUGCAAGUUUUGCUUUCUUCAACACUUCCAUGGUCUCUGAUGACAACCACCACAAAACCUAUGCUCUCUACAAAUGCCUAUCAUCCCAUCAUCACUAACCUGACCGAGGAGAGAGGGAACUUUCGCUCCCCUGACACUAUGCUGAGCUACCUGGAGAACAUGUCCUUCAGCUUGCCCAACAAAUCCUUGUCAGAAAAUACUGCCCUAAGCCUCACAGAGGCCUUUUUAAAAGCAAUUGAAGACUUUAUGUUACUGCCCAACUUGAUUGAUGGACCAGAGACUCCUCAGAUAUUUGGCAGUUUAAUACAAACCAUUGACAGUGUGAUGACUCAUAUGACACAGAAUCUGGAUGAAAACUCAUUGCCUCUCACUAUUGAGGGCACAUCACCUGUGGCAGAUUACACUAUGGUCAAAAUGCAUCCUCAGACUCUGAAUUUGUCCCACUAUCGAUUUCCAUCUCAAGGGCAGAGUUAUAUUUCCAUUCCCAGUGAAGCUUUUCAUGAAAAAGCUUGGAUUACCAUUGUUGGCCUUCUUUACCAUAACAUGCAUUAUUUCUUUCACAAUAUCAACCCUAUGGAUACCAAGAUUGCUGAAGCUGCUGCCUACAAAGGUUGUAUGAUCUCAGCAAGCAGUUAUCUUAUCUCUAUCAAAGUGGAACCUCUACCCAAGCUGUCCCACAAUCUGUCAGGAUCUCCUCUCAUUACCAUCCAGCUCACCCACAAGUUG